AUGCAUCCAAACUCUGCAGCUGCUUUUUUUCUAUUGCUGGGCAUGUCCUGGUGUUUUAGGUUGCAGAUUUCAGAUGAGGAUGAUAGUGAUGAGUUCACAAAACAGGACCUGGAGUUUGCAGAGCACUAUUUGAAGACUCACUAUAAUCUCCGGUCAAGUCCCGCUGGCAUAUUGAAGUCAGGUGGUAUAGUCUCCACCAAGCUUCGAGAAAUGCAGUCGUUUUUUGGACUGGAAGUCACCGGCAAGCUGAAUGAAGAAACGUAUGAGUUAAUGAAGCAGCCCCGAUGUGGUGUUCCUGAUGUGGGGGAGUACAACUUUUUCCCUCGAAAGCUAAAGUGGUCCCAUAAUAAUUUAACAUACAGGAUUGUAAAUUACACCCCAGAUCUGAAAAAGUCUGAAGUGGACCGAGCCUUCAAAAAGGCAUUCAAAGUCUGGUCUGAUGUGACACCACUCAACUUCACUAGAAUCCGUAGUGGCAUAGCAGACAUCAUGAUCUCCUUUGGAAGGAGAGAGCAUGGUGAUUUCUAUCCUUUUGAUGGACCUUCUGGUCUCUUGGCUCAUGCUUUCCCUCCUGGACCAGGUUCUGGAGGAGAUGCUCAUUUUGAUGAAGAUGAACUGUGGUCCACAGAUUCCAAAGGAUACAACUUGUUUCUCGUGGCUGCCCAUGAACUUGGCCAUGCUCUGGGACUUGAGCAUUCCAGAGAUCCAGGAGCUCUGAUGUAUCCAAUCUAUACAUAUACAGGGAACACUGGGUUCUUGUUGCCAGAUGAUGAUGUACAAGGAAUCCAGGCUCUUUAUGGUGCAGGAGAUCAUGAUCCCCAUCCUGAUCAUCCAAAAACCCCUGAGAAAUGCAGUGAAAACUUAACACUUGAUGCUAUCACAGAAUUUCGAGGAGAAAUGAUGAUCUUCAAGGACCGAUUUUUCUGGCGCCUACAUCCUCAGAUGGUUGAAGCAGAUUUGGUGCAAAUUAGAUCAUUUUGGCCAGAAAUUCCAAGCAAAAUUGAUGCAGCAUAUGAACACUCUGACAAAGAUCGUGUGCUGUUUUUUCGGGGCAAAAAAGUUUGGGCUUUGAAUGGUUAUGACAUAAUAGAGGGCUACCCUAGAAAAAUUUAUGAACUGGGUUUCCCAAAAUCCAUAAAGACAAUAGAUGCAGCUGUCCAUAUAAGCGAGACUGGGAAAACUCUCUUUUUUACAGGAGAAGAAUACUGGAGUUAUGAUGAACAGAACCAGGUCAUGGACAAAGGCUACCCUAGAUUUAUAGAGGAUGAUUUCCCAGGAAUUGGUCACCGGGUGGAUGCAGUCUAUCAGAAAAAUGGCUAUUUAUAUUUCUUCAAUGGACCACUACAGUUUGAAUUCAGCAUCUGGAGUGAAAGAAUUAUUCGUGUCUUGGGAACUAACUCGAUUUUCUGGUGCUGAACAUAUUAAGCCAGGUUCUGAACUGUGGACUAAUUUGCUACUCAUGAAAAAUAAUAUUGUAUAUGGAUAUUUUUUUAAACUAGAGCUUGAUUCUGUGAACAAGCUCAGAUAAUGUUGCCACUGAUUUUAUA